AUGAAUAAUGUUGCAAAUACCGGGGCGACCAAUGAGCCUAAUAUCAGCGAUGCUUCCCGCGUAGAGCCUUUACCUAGCCUGAAUGAUGAUGACAUUGAAAAAAUCCUGCAACCAAACGAUAUUUUCAUCAAUGAUCGUACCGAUGCGAGUACUACGUCCUCCACUGCCAUUGAAGACAUUAUCAACCCGUCCCUGGAUCCGCAAUCAGUAGCUUCGCCAGCUCCCUCUCCCUCCUUUUUUAAUAACUCAAGGAAGCCGUCCACUAGCACACACUUAGUAAGAAGAGGCACACCAUUAGGGAUCUAUCAAACCAACAUAUACAAUCAUAAUAACAGAGAGAAUGGUAAUUCUAACAAUACCUUGUUGUCUUCUAAGCUACUCACACAUCCACCAGUUCCUUAUGGGCAAAAUCCUAACCUGCUGCAACAACAUGCUGUAUAUAGGGCGCAAACCUCCUGUGGAACCGCAAAUACACAGCCCCGUCAACCUACAAGAAGAUACCAAUCUCACAAGUCAAGACCCGCGUUUGUUAAUAAGCUAUGGAGCAUGCUGAACGAUGAUUCAAAUGCAAAACUAAUACAGUGGGCGCCAGAUGGAAAAUCUUUCAUAGUCACGAACAGAGAAGAAUUUGUGCAUGAAAUCUUACCGAAAUAUUUCAAACAUUCCAACUUUGCCUCUUUUGUAAGGCAGCUAAACAUGUAUGGAUGGCAUAAAGUCCAAGAUGUCAAAUCAGGGUCAAUUCAAAGCAGUUCGGAUGAUAAAUGGCAGUUUGAAAACGAAAACUUUAUUAGGGGAAGGGAGGACUUGUUGGAAAAAAUCAUCAGACAAAAGGGCUCCUCCAAUAACCAGGGCAGUCCUGGUGGGAACGGUAGUUCAACGAACGGGAGCAACAUUCCAAUGGAUAAUGCUACGGGGGUUAACAAUAGUAGCACUAACAUCAGUAGCAGCAACAACUUUUUCAACAACAGCCAUUUAUUGCAGGGGAAAACGCUGAGGUUGAUGAAUGAAGCGGCUCUUGGAGACAAGAACGAUGUUACUGCAAUCUUAGGUGAACUUGAACAAAUAAAGUACAACCAGAUUGCAAUUUCCAAAGAUUUAUUGAGAAUAAACAAAGAUAAUGAGUUGUUAUGGAAGGAAAACAUGAUGGCAAGAGAAAGGCAUAGGACGCAACAACAAGCCCUAGAGAAGAUGUUUAGAUUCUUGACAUCGAUAGUGCCGCACCUAGAUCCGAAAAUGAUUAUGGAUGGACUCGGCGAUUCGAAAAACAAUAGCGAAAACCUCAGUGGUGCGACUAACAUUGGGUUAAAUCACGACAACACAGGCACUAUAGAUGAAUUGAAGUCUAACGACUCCUUCAUAAACGAUGACCAUCAUCCCUAUAUAAAUAUAACGGCCAACGCUCGUAACAAUAUGAGCCCUAGUAAUGAAGGCAGCAGUAUCAAUGUCUCUAGCAGCAAUACCAACAGCAGAAAGAAACACGUGGAUGAAAGCAUAAAAAACAGUAACGACAUAAUAAACGACAUCAUAUUCAACACCAACUUUGCCAAUAACCUCACCAAUUAUAGUUCCAGCAACAAUGCUGGCUCACCAUUAAGACCAUAUAAACAAAGAUAUCUUUUGAAAAACAGAGCAAAUUCAACAGCGUCAAGUGAAAAUUCGGGCGUUACACCAUUCAAUCUCGAAUCUAACAGUGAUGGCAAAAUAUCAGAAAUUCCUUUCGAUGGCGAAGAAGACGAUGACACAGAUUUUAAGCGUUUUACUGCGCGAAAUCCCAGCAGCCAAGCAAAUGCAAAUAGCUUUGAUCCAACUAGGUUUACAAUGCUUUCCGAUGAAGACCUGAAAAAAGACUCGCAUGCGAAUGAUACUAAGCACGACGAAAGUGAUUUAUUUUUGGGUAACGUACAUCGCAAUAUAGACGAACAAGAUGCAAGACUCCAGAACUUGGAAAACAUGGUUCACAUACUGUCUCCUGGGUAUUCUAAUAAACCGUACAACAACAAAGCCGCAGCACACACCAAUCCUAAUAUCGAGGGCGGCACCAGUGUCCACAGUCCUGGUUUCAACCUGCAAGAUUACCUAACUGGAGAAUCCAACUCUCCAAAUUCUGUCCAUUCCAUUCCCUCAAACGGCAGCGGUUCUACUCCAUUGCCCAUGCCAAAUGAUAAUGAUAAUGAGCACAUCAGCACCAGUUCCAGCGUUAAUGCGGAUGCAGGCGAAAACGUUACCGGACUAACGCCCUUCCUCACGGUAGACGACCACACACUAAACGACAACAACGAUGAAGACAGUGCCAGCGUAUCUCCCGAUAUAAAAUUUGCUGCCACAGAGAGCAGUAAAGUGAAUGAUACCCUGCCAAGCUUUAAUGACCACACUUAUUCCAACGAGGCCGCCGCGGCACCCAAGAAUACUAAGAAAAGAUAUGUGGAGGAAAUACCGGAACCGGCUAUAGUCGAAAUACAGGACCCGGCAGAGUACAACGAACAGCGUCAGCACAAACGGCCCAAGAAGUAG